AUGUCAGGAUUGCCGGAGGACCAACUCCAACAGCUCCGGGAAAUAUUCGCCAGAUUCGACCUCGAUAAAGACGGGUCUCUGACCCACCUGGAGGUGGCGGCCCUCCUCCGGUCUCUUGGCCUCAAACCCACCGGAGAGCAGAUCCAUAAACUCUUCAAAAACAUGGAUUCCGAUGGAAGUGGGACCGUAGAGUUUGACGAAUUGGUGAACGCCAUGUCGUCGCAGAUGAUGAGUGAAGAUAUUUUAAUCAACCAACAUCAGCUUCUAGAGAUAUUCCAGUCGUUUGAUAGGGAUGGAAGUGGGUUCAUCACGCCGGCUGAGUUAGCCAAAUCCAUGACCAAGAUGGGUCAGCCCUUGACGUACCGUGAACUCUCUGAAAUGGUUCGAAACGCCGAUACAGACGGCGAUGGUGUCAUUAGUUUUAAGGAAUUCCAAGGAAUAAUGGCCAAAUCUGCGGCCGAUUCAUUUGGGUUCUCGGUGUCGUAA